GAGAGAGGCAUGAUUUAUUGUUUACUCCUUUUGACGAAUGAUUCGAUCCAUUAAGCGGGAGAAAUUUAAAUUUUGAAAUUCAAAUUUCUUUAGCCAAUUUCUUUAGUAUUUAAAAAUAACCCAUUUUAGGAAAUGGAGUUAUCUUUUGCCCCUCUCACCCUUAUUGCGGCAUUUGCCCUCUUCUAUAAUUCCACUCAUUCUCUCCGUCUCUCCGUCUCUCCGUCUUCUCAUCUCACUCUCUCUCGCGCUCUUGAAGUUGCUUCGGUUUUUCAGAUCGAAUCUUGAAUCAAACUUCGGUGCUUAAAUACAGAAAGAAACUUAAAGUGAGUUUUUUUUUUUGAACAAAAUCAAGAAAUGGGUCAGAUCCAAUACUCUGAGAAAUAUUUGGAUGAUACUUACGAGUACAGGCAUGUUGUUCUUCCUCCUGAAGUGGCCAAACUUCUCCCCAAGAAUCGCCUCCUCUCUGAAAAUGAGUGGCGUGCAAUUGGAGUACAACAGAGUCGCGGUUGGGUCCAUUAUGCCAUUCAUCGCCCUGAACCACACAUCAUGCUCUUCAGGAGGCCUCUCAACUAUCAGCAGCAACAGGAGAAUCAGGCCCAGCAAACCAUGCUUGCUAAAUCCAGCAGCCUGGAGCUGGCUUAAGGGCUGUCAGUCUUUUUUGGGCUACUGCGGCAAGCACUUCCUCCUAUGCUGCAUGCGGCCUCUCUGGCCUGUAGGUGCGCCGGCUGGUGCUAUAAGCCUAAUCCUGUCGCAGCGAGCUUGUUAUGGCUACAAGUAGCCAAACCAAGUAGCUAACAAGGUUUUCUGGCUUUUAUUUGGAGUAUUAUUUCAACAAUCAGUUUUGCUCAAUAAUCAAUACUCAAUAAUAUAUCCAAUUAAAGUCUUCUUUUGUAAUUAAGGACAUCAAGCCAUUCUUAUCUGAAUUAGUUUGAAAUUCCAUCCUCA